UUUCUGUAUGUAAUUAUUUUUAAUAUUUUAUUUUUCUAUUUUAUUUCUAUUUAUUAUUAUUUAUUCUAUUCGGCGAAUAUCCGCCCACGUUCUGUUAGUAGUGUAAUCCUGUAGGAACUGACUGUACCUGUUCCCAGGACGUCACAGGCUGACGCACCCGAGCAACGAUAGUCAGGGGGAACAAGCGAAGCGGACGAAAUGACCGCCCACUGCCAGAGGAGAUGCCAAGACUCGCGGUCUGCAAAGACAGCGAUCGGCCGCGUAGGCACAAGCAGCAAAAGCAGCAGCGGAAGCCAUGGAAGGCAUGGAACGUCCAGUCCUUCUCCAGCCUGGAGAAACGAGCCGUGCGAGGCCGGGCGCUGAUUGGCUGCGGGUGGCGGAGACGACGCGUACAAGAGCAUCAUAUUUAUUCUCUCUUGAAACUCAUCCCCACUGAGCUCUGUAUUUCGCUUGGGUUAAUAUGUGUAUCGUGUGUGUGUUUUGAUAAGGUGCAUAUCCCGGAAGUAACAGUGUUGAGUGUCUGUCCCCCACCUUCUGGUGCUGCCGUUGUGGUGUUUGAGAAUAAUGAUCUUGGAUCUGAUCAUCAGAAAGUCUGUCCUGUUUGGGUAUCUCCAUCAAUCAAUCUGGAAGUAUUCAAAUCAUAAGGUCAAUAGAAAAAGAAAAAGUAAAUAAAUGAAAAAGUAAAUAGACAUCCAUCCCUGGAACACCACUCAGGAGGUACUGUACAGUAGUAAUCUCAGGGGCUGGAAUUGCAGCAUCGACCGUGGUACUCCGUGUACUUCC